AUGGUUAUCCUCCACGAGAUAAGCAAUGAAGCCAAGACCACAACGGAGACUUCAGGCUCAAUUAACUCUUUCUUGCGUCUCGCCACGAAACCUACUGUGUCUACAACCACAAGAAUUGCCUUGUCCAACACGGCGACAACAAAAUACAAGGGUGUGGUUCAGCAGCAGAACGGUCACUGGGGUGCUCAGAUAUACGCAGAACACCGAAGGAUUUGGCUCGGGACUUUCAAAUCCGCUGCUGAAGCCGCGGCUGCCUACGAUAGCGCAUCUAUCAAGCUCCGAGGCUUUGACGCUAACUCGCACCGAAACUUCCCUUGGUCUGAACUCACGGUCCACGAACCGGACUUUCAAAUCCUCUACACGACAGAAGCUGUGUUGAACAUGAUCAGAGACGGUUCUUACCAUCACAAGUUUAGAGAUCAUGUCAUGUCGAGAUCUCGGAUGGCCAACUUCAACAUCGUUGAAUCAAAACAAGAAUCAAACAAGUGUUUCUCUUGCACGCAACUUUUCCACAAGGAACUGACACCGAGCGAUGUUGGGAAACUGAAUAGGCUUGUGAUACCAAAGAAGUAUGCAGUGAAGCAUUUACCUUUCAUAAGCGACGAUCAAGAAGAGGGUGAAGCUGUGGACGAUGUUGAGGUUGUGUUUUACGACAGUACGAUGAGACAGUGGAAGUUUAGGUAUUGUUACUGGAGAAGUAGCCAGAGCUUUGUUUUCACCAGAGGAUGGAAUGGUUUCGUGAAGGAGAAGAAUCUCAAGGAGAAAGAUGUUAUUGUCUUUUACUCUUGCGAUGUACCGAGUAAUGUCAGGAGAUUAGAAGGGCAAAGAGACAAGUUCUUGAUGAUUGAUGUUGAUCACAAGGGUUUCGUGGCUCCCAAGGAAGAGAACAAAAUGGUUCAUAAUAAGUCUGAGGGAGAAAUGAAAACAGAAAACUUCUUUAACUCGAAGUUAGAAGACGAAGAAACCAAGCAAGAGGAGAACAAAGGAGGGUUUAUGCUGUUUGGUGUUAGGAUCCAAUAG